UUUCGAACUCAAAGACAAGGUUUCUUGUUGUGUCGAUGGCGUCUACACAAUUUGGGUGGAAGAAGAAGACAAAGGUACCUACAACUCAAGUGGCGUUUGGUGGUGAUGAUGAUGAUGCGUCUUUGGGAGGUGGCGAGCGAGUCGAUGACGACGUGGACUGGCUUACAGCUUCAAAACGCAAGCAUGGAGUUUUCCUGGAGGACAGUAAAAUGAAAAGCGAACGUUUGAAAGAUGAAGGCAAUACCUUUGCUGAGGAGGAACGCUACUGGGAAGCUAUUAAGCGUUGGGAUGAAGCUCUCGUGCUUACUCCUGACGAUGCAACUCUUCACGAGUUGAAAUCACAAGCUUAUUCUGCUGUCGGAGAGAGAUUUCCAUCAGUACAUAGUGCUGAAGAGUCGUGUCGUUUGGAUCCUGUGUGGUAUGUGGCACGCCAACGACUAGGCAGAGCACAAAUGGACAUAGGAGAGGUGGAGUUGGCGCUGACUAAUUUCCAGAAGGCCGUGCACUUGCAUCCAGCUGAUCCAGAGAUUUGGAAAGACGACCUCUUGUGGGCUUGGGAGAUAGCCAAGCACAAGCGAGCUGCCAUCGGAGACAAGCCUGAACAGUUUCCUGUGAAAAUUUUCAAAGAAGGUGAGAGUGAGGAUGAUGAUGAUGAUGAUGAUGAUGAAGAUGACUACCAUUACGAAGGAGAAAGUGAGGACAGUGAUGCAGAUAAUGGCACAUAGCAACAUGUCGCAACACACUGUUUUUGUGAGUAUGCUCAGCGGUUGUGCUUGUAGCCUAGCUAUGUGGUCACUCUUUGGCCUGGGCUAGUAGCUGUGUCCAGAUCCAGCCAGCUUCCGUAUCAGGUACGGAAGACAUUUGUACGAGUAUACAGCUGAUACAACCGAUUGGACUGGUGCGUCCAGCUGAGUAAUUCAAGUUUGCUUAUGCCACCUUGUGUGCAGCAAUGCAACUACUGGUAGCUAUUUAUACUAUAUUGAGUUACAGAGUAUAUAACACACUUUCACACUAUCAGGCUGGUGUACUGUGCAUGUGCGCAGGCAUUCUGUUGUCGAUUUGUACAGUCAAGGAGUGCCAUGUGCUGGACUGUCUCAUUUCGACCGGAGUUUCUAACAUGCUGCAGUGAAGUUUGUAGGCUGCAUGUGCGCAGGCAUUCUGUUGUCGAUUUGUACAGUCAGGAGUGCCAUGUGCUGGACUAUCUCAUUUCGACCGGAGUUUCUAACAUGCUGUAGUGAAGUUUGUAGGCUGCAUGCUCUCCUGUCACUGGGCGUAGGAGCAGUGUGUUCAUCCUGGAUUCCUCAGUUCUAGGCAAAAGUCAGUUGUACAUUGUUGUGCUCUUCUUUCUUUAGUGAGCGAAUUGUUUUUCAAUAUCCUUGACAUUUUCCUCUAUUUUAUCUAGCUACAUGGCUGUGCUAUGUGAUAGUUGCUAUUGUGUGCUGACUGUUUUCUGACAUGUGACCGUUGUGUUUGCGGAAAAAAACUAGUUUUCAAACUAUUCAUUGUCACUACUGACGUUUGGUUGUGGGCCAUACCCUCCAGUCAUGCUUACGUUAGUCAUAUUGCAAGCAGCAUGUGUCUAUUGCUUGUCCAUGCAUCACAAUGCCGGAGUUAAAUGAUGGCAACGCUAUGGCUGCUACAGCUAGCAGAUCUAGAACAUUCUAAGAUCCUUGUGAUGUACUUGCCUGCAACACACACACACACACACACACACACACACACACACACAGACACAGACACACACACACACACACACACACAAAGGCACACACAGAUGCAUGUACACGUUUGCAAUUGAACAGCUUUCUUGGCAGCAGAGACAUGUGCACACUGGUGGAAUGUAGCAGCGUGCGUGUAGCCGUGCGCUUGACACGGUUUUUAGUUUUAACCUGUAUUUAAGUUGCAAUGCCAGGGUGGACAUCUAUUGUGAAGUAUAGCCCAUGCGUACGUUGUAGUUCCUUUCAAUGAUUUUUAUAUCAAGCUAGUGCUCUGUUUUAUAACGCAUUAUUUCUGUGCACAGUCAAGAUAUAUGAGAAUGCCAA